GAAGGAAGGCUGGGGGACGGAGAAGGAAGAGGAGGAGGAGGCCGGGCCCUAAACAAGGGAGGCUGGGUGGCGGCGGGGCUCCUUGAUGGAGCGGAGGGGCCCAGCGCACGGCGACCUCCCCAAUAAGCCCCAGAGCGGAGCUGGUCUUGGCAAAGGGCCGGUGGUGCUGCAUAUCGCAGUGGUCGGUUUCCAUCAUAAGAAGGGCUGCCAGGUUGAGUUCUCCUAUCCUCCACUAAUCCCAGGAGAAGGCCACGACAGUCACAGUUUGCCAGAAGAAUGGAAAUACUUGCCUUUCCUUGCAUUGCCAGAUGGUGCUCACAACUAUCAAGAAGACACUGUGUUUUUCCAUUUGCCCCCAAGAAGUGGAGAUCGAAACACAGUAUAUGGUGUCUCGUGCUAUAGGCAGAUUGAAGCUAAGGCAUUGAAAGUACGGCAAGCAGAUAUUACCCGAGAAACAGUACAGAAAAGUGUUUGUGUUCUAUGUCAGCUGCCUCUAUAUGGGCUACUCCAGGCUAAACUACAACUCAUUACACAUGCCUAUUUUGAAGAAAAAGACUUCUCACAGAUUUCAAUUCUUAAGGAACUUUAUGAACACAUGAAUAGCUCACUGGGAGGAAGUUCAUUAGAAGGAUCACAAGUUUAUCUCGGUCUAUCUCCACGUGAUCUUGUCUUGCAGUUUAGACACAAGGUCUUGAUUCUUUUUAAGCUGAUUCUUCUAGAGAAAAAGGUUCUCUUUUAUAUCUCUCCAGUGAACAGGCUUGUGGGAGCACUUAUGACUGUCUUAUCACUCUUUCCUGGUAUGAUAGAGCAUGGUCUUACUGACUGCUCACAGUACCGACCAAGAAAGAGCAUAACAGAGGAUGUUUCCCCUCUCCCGGAUAAUUAUGUUUCCCUGUCUUCUGUGGCACUUUCACAUACAAAACUUGGAAUGACAGAGGAACAGCAGACUAUGUCUGGAAACCAAAAAGGAGGUCCUCAGAAAGUGGAUGUUCCUUUAUUCCAGGCUGAGGAGCAUCUCCCUGAAACACAGGCCUCCAAGGACACUGGGCAGCAUUUGAAACUUCCAUUCCACACUUCGCCAGAAUCCUCUGAAAGUGACUGGGAAACCUUAGACCCUAGUGUUCUAGAGGAUCCCAUUUUGAAAGAAGGGGAACAUGAAAUCACUGCAGGACAGACUGAAAUCCUUCCAAAAGAAUCUGCAGUCUCUGAAACCAUUCCAAUUACUGUUCAGCCUCAGCCUAAUGCAGGCCAUGCAGUGCUUGUUCCUGGACUUAUAUCUGGUUUGGAGGAGGACCAGUAUGGCAUGCCAUUAGCUGUUUUCACCAAGGGUUACCUUUGUUUGCCAUAUAUGGCACUGCAACAACACCAUCUCCUCUCUGAUGUAAGCAUUCGAGGCUUUGUUGCAGGAGCCACCAACAUCCUCUUUCGUCAGCAGAAACAUCUAAGUGAUGCAGUUGUAGAGAUUGAGGAAGCUCUUGUCCACAUCCAUGAUCCAGAGCUCCGAAAAAUUUUGAGUCCUACAACAGCUGACCUGAGAUUUGCAGACUUCUUAGUGAAACAUGUAACUGACAACAGAGAUGACGUAUUCCUAGAUGGCACUGGCUGGGAAGGAGGAGAUGAGUGGAUCCGAGCCCAGUUUGGUUCAUACCUCCAUGCACUACUUGCUGCUACUCUACAGCCAGACAGUGAAAAAAUAUUGUCAGACUUUGGAACAACAUUUGUAGCAGCUUGGAAGAAUACUCACAAUUACAGAGUAUGGAACAGCAAUAAACACCCAGCUCUUGCAGAGGUAAAUCCUAGUCACCCAUUCCAGGGCCAGUACUCUGUUUCAGAUGUAAAAUUAAGAUUAUCACAUUCUGUUCAGAAUAGCGAACGGGGUAAGAAGAUUGGGAAUGCUGUGGUUACUACCAGUCGGAAUGUUGUACAGACAGGAAGAGCUGUAGGUCAGUCAGUUGGAGGAGCUCUCACAAGUGCAAAAUCAGCCAUGUCCUCAUGGCUUUCUAAUUUCACCCAGUCAACACAAAGCCUUGGGGAGUAACUGGACCAAAUCCAUGCAUAUAUUUUAAGAAACCGAGGAUUUGAUUUAAAACUGCACAGGAAUUUAGGCAGCAUGACAGUGAAGAUGGCCUUGGAAUCUGUAUUGCAGGAUGUCAUUUGAAAUUUGCAUUAUUGCCUAUUUGUGUUUUAAAUUCCAAGCCUCUCUGUAGGAAAAGCUUUAUUUUCCUAUGUAUGCUGUUAUUUGAAUGGUGAUUUAUGUAAAUUUUGCUGUAUUUUAAGUCCAGUUGUCUAGACUAUUUUUUAAUGGAGCAGAAGAGAGCCAAGUUACACUUUACCUUGGAACAGAAAAUUUAGAUAUGAAAUUAACAUUUCUCCAUGUAUAUAAAUGUGUGAGCACACACUUAAAUUCUAUAUUCAGAAAUACAGUAAGUACCUUUUCAUUUCAGUGGAGCGUAUUUCCACAAACGUAUGCAGCAAAGUGUCGCCUAGCACUGCAAUUCUAUGCAGUUCACGGUAUAAUGAAGUGAAACAAAAGGAAUUUAAGUGAACAGAAUUAAGUUCCCAGGCUCAGGGCUUUAAACAUCCAAGUGAAAGCUGAUAGGCUGACAGAACUGUCACUGAUUGUUUUGCACCAGCUUGUCAUGUUGCUUCUCGCAAAUCUAGCUGUUAAUUUUUCAUUAAAAAUUAACUGAUAAAUAAACAAAGGUUGAAACAAUUUAAAAGCUAAAUGAAAGACAGCUUCAUCAUAAUUUCUCCAGUCUGUUUGAAACAGUUGUCUGGGAAACCUCUUAGAGAAGUAACUUACUCAGUAAGUACAGGUUCCCCUUUUCAUAACAUGUAUGUGAACUUUUGGGGUCUUUGUCUUUUUCCAGUCAGUGAGAGAUACUGUAUGAUAUAGUGUUCCCCUUUGCUUUGGUGAUACUAUUACAGAUGUUAGGAGUCUUUUACCUAUAACCAAAUACCUACCUCUUUGGCACAGUCAGGCUCCAAGAUGAGAGUCAACAGUGCAUCUUUUUUUUUACCCUAGCUGCUAUAAAAAUUUAAGUUAAUGUGCAGGUUCAGACUUGAGAAAAAAUUGUUAACAUGCUGCUUGCUUACAUAUUGCAGUAUCUAAUUACUGGCCCCUGAAAUCUAAGUAUCGGAGAGAUCAUGAGUGGAGAGCCAAACACAGUUUGCGAUAGUAGGGCACAGCUUUGAACAUGAUAGUAAUGUACCGAAAGGGAAUAAUUCCCUUGGCUGAAAUCCAGUGUGCUACUCAUGGUAGUGUCAAGUUUUGAGCCUUCCCAUUUUCCUACUGCAAUCAUCUGUGGCACUAAAACAUGAUCCAGCUGGGUUUCUGGUUCUCUGGCUUGGCUUGGGGCAUUGCUGCAGAGUAGAGGGAGUAUUGUACACCCUCUAAUUAUAUUCCUGGAAGCUACUUCCAUGAGUGCAACAGCAGCAACAGAUACAGCCUUUUUGCCUACAACUGCAAGUCCCUCUCCAAACUAGCUUGAUAGAUUUUCACAAAUCUGAAAUUACCUAAGUGUAUGACAGAUAAUAGUUUGUGUAGUUCAUGUAGUUUGUGUCUGAUAUUGGUGAAUGACCUCUGGUUGAUAUUAUAAAUUUAAGAUUCUGCCUCUGUCACAGUUGACAGAGUUACCUUUGCCAGAAGUUCUUGUUUUCUACCAGAUCAAAAAGACCCAGUUUUUAGUUAGGGUCAUGGCAUACCAUUUUCCUGUACAUGUGAUGCAGAAAGUUUCUGCUGCAUUACUUUGUAAACAAUAUGGAAAUGUGUGGCCAGUUGUGACACUGUACAAAUGUGUAAUCCUCACAUACACACUUCCAUGCACCUACAUAUAUUUUUAUAAAUGCGCUGUUUCACAAAUGUGGCAGAUGCUUUGUCCUUUGCACACAAGCCUCUUUGCAAGAAGGCAGCAGCUAUUUCUAAACAUAUCCUAAUACCUGAACCAGUACCUAGCCAACAUCUUGUAUUUAUUGAAUUUUUAAAAAUGUUUUCCAGUCAGUAGCACUCAAAUUAUAGUUCAAUUCUUUAAGCAGAGUGUUAACUGAGAACUUACAAAGAAACAGUUUACCCAGCUGUCCUAUCACAGUGAUGCUCCCUCACUGAAUUGAUAAGACAUACCAAGGCAAUCAGUGUAAAGUAAGCAAACUGAAAUAAUGGCUAGGAUCCAAUAAUAUGCUACAGCUGGAUCCUGAUCCUGGGGGGCUGAAAAACUUUUUUUAACCAGAAAUUUUAGAGGGCUGGAGAGGAAAUGAAGUCCCUAGUAGCCAAGAAGCAGAGCUAUGUGUAUACCUCCCCCAGCCAACAUCAACAGAAAUACACCAUAACUAAAUAGUGGUCAGAGUUUGUAUACUGCCUUCUUUUUCUUCACAGUUGUAACAUUGCAUAACAUGUUCCUCGUGUGUUUUCAUCCUUAGUUAAACAGAGCACAUCUUGAUUACCUUGUAGAUUGAGGAAGAAGCUCUGUAAUGAAAAAUUGACAAAGCCUUAUAGACAAAAUGCUUAAAACUUAAGUUUUAAAACUUACAGUAGCCACAAUCCUUCAGUGAAUAUUCAUUCACAUGCUUUUAAAACAUCUUCCUAAUUAUACUUCUGUAGAAAAAAAUUGGCUGUGCUUAAUUGGAUAAGUCGUGUUGAUGCAGUUUAUAAACAAGUAUUUGUGUUCUCUAAUAGAUUACGUGACAUUCAGGAGCCAGUCUGAUAGACACUAAAUUGUGAUAGGCAGUGUAGUGUAUACAGUUGUUGGAAUAGCAUAUAGGAUACCCACAAAUGAAUCUUCUAUAAUUACUACACUGGUACACCAAGGCUAGUUUGUUUUUGUGUUACACAAAGGAGGAUUGCUCUGAUUUAAUAUGAGCAGUAUUUUUUGUAUUCCAGCCAUUAAUAACUUCCCUUUUGGAUCUUGGGCGACCAGCAUGGAUAUUUUGUCUACUAUUUUGUUUGAAGCACUUUGGAUUAAAAAGUACCAGCUAAUAUGCAGUAGCAUAGCACUGGAAUUCAUAGUUGCAGACAGGAUAAAUGUAACAUGAAACGCUCCUCUUAUUUUUGCUUUAUUUUUUUUUAACUGCUUAUUUUAUUGUUGAAGUAUUUAAAGAAAGUGAGAUUUAUUUUAAAAAAACCUAACAACACCCUGGUUUCAUAGUACUUCUAGAUAGUUUAUGAGGACUGGCUUGCAGAAUCUGUGCUAAGGGAUUGGAACAGCUCUGGACCUCAGAUACCCACAUUGCAGAUAGACCCAGGUAGUAAAGUUUAAAUUUAGGGUACAUGCCCUGUUCUAUGGAUGAUGAGAGGGCUUGUGAACAUAAAAGCACUUGUAAAAGCCACCCAGUAUAGCCAUGUUCCAUCAUUAUUCACCAGGUAGCUUCAAGGGAGCAGAGGUACCUGUAGUUGUUCCCCAGCAUGUCUCAGGAGUAGAGGUUCCUCUUUCUGUGGAGGCUCUCCAUGCAAAUAAGCCCUUUCACAGUUCUUGCUUGUGUGACUCACUUCCAUAUGAGGAAAGGGAUGAUAUGGGGUGGGGGUAGGCAUAACUAUAUGCCAAACACCACAACAAUUAAAGCCUCAAUAUUUGAAUAAAUAAUAAUCAGACUUGCUCAAGUAAAUGUUCAGUAUGUUGGAAACUGCCUUGUGUGCCAACACACUCCAUGGUGUAUUUUUCUUACAGCUACUGCAAGAGUAUUGUGCUGGUAUUAGAACUUCCAAUCCUGCACACAAUUGAUUUAGGAUCAGACUAACGUAAUAUUUCCAGAGAUUUCAUGUGGUAGUUUUCUAUUAGAGAUUUGCAUCAUGCAUUUUAAAGCCCUUGCAAUUUAUUUGGGGACAUGUAACGUAUUACAGAUGAAAUAGGCUAGAAAUGUUUCUUUCCUGCUUACCCAAUUUGAGACAUCAUCAGUUUCACAUGGCUGGCAUUCAGAUGUACAAUUUGUUGCCUAAUCAUGGGUUAUUAUCAAUGAGAUACAACACGGGUUACUUUCCUUUUGAUCUUUGCUGCUACCACUUGAUGUGGGAAAAUUUAAGUAUUUCAUCUAUUGUCACUGUGCAAAAAGUAAGUUUCUGUGUUCAAAAGACUAAAUGCUUCUGCUGUAUAUUUUGUUCAAUACAAAAUUAUAUAUUAAAAAAUAACUUGUUCUGCUUCA